CUGUUCGCUAUGGUUUCUGUAAUUUGAUACAGGCCUAGAUGUGUAUAUUUUUUCAUUCGUUAGUAAAAAGAAAAAACAACUGACCCUGACAGUCUUGAGCCGGCCUGCCGAUUGGCCAAUGCAUUGAACCCGCUACCUGAAGUGCAGUAAAUAUUUGAACAGCGUUAGUGUUCUAUUGCUUAUUUUCGACGGAACAAUCAUUACUUUCUCUCGGUUGUCGAACCGAACUUGUCGUUUAUCCUCAGCUUUUCCAAUGUAUAACACCAUUACGAGGUAAACUAUUUUGCCAACACAAAGAUUGUGCGGAGGACGCUUAGGCUGCUUGCUUUUCUAGGUGAAAGAACAGUUCUGCAUGUUCUCUCGUUCACUGCUUGUGAAACCUUCCAGCAGCAUGACCCCUUCAUGGUCUGUCGUUGUGAUGUGGCUGCUGGUUGGCUUUGUCUCUGGAGGUCCUCUGACUUCGUUAGACCUCGACAACGGACCAUCAUUCGACCCACAUGAUGGCAAUAGCACCGAAAGGAAUGGCAACUACACCGAGUCGCCUGAAGACCCCGCACCACCAUCAUUCGACCCACAUGAUGGCAAUAGCACCGAAAGGAAUGGCAACUACACCGAGUCGCCUGAAGACCCCGCACCACCAUCAUUCGACCGACAUGAUGGCAAUAGCACCGAAAGGAAUGGCAACUACACCGAGUCGCCUGAAGACCCCGCACCGGUUUUUCUGAAUACACCAGGCAUUGGUUGGCCAACACGCGGUGUUCAUUCAAAACCGCCGUCAGGGGACCUGAUUGCAGGAAUGAUGACGAUGCAUUAUAAUUCGCCUGAAGACCCCGCACCACCAUCAUUCGACCGACAUGAUGGCAAUAGCACCGAAAGGAAUGGCAACUACACCGAGUCGCCUGAAGACCCCGCACCGGUUUUUCUGAAUACACCAGGCAUUGGUUGGCCAACACGCGGUGUUCAUCCAAAACCGGCGUCAGGGGACCUGAUUGCAGGAGAGACGACGAUGGAUUAUUAUGGGAAUGGCAAAAAAUAAUAAUAUUAUUAUGAUAUUAUCGAAUUAUUUAAUAUCAUACUAUUAUAUAGCCUGAUAAGAUCAUCAUGAUACAGUUCACUCGUCACAAAACACGAUGCUCAAUGAGUGGGAAAUUAGUAAAAGUCUUUACUUGAGAAACGUUAAGUUACAUUGCAUCGCAUCAUCGAUCGAUAUGAGGUAAUUAGUGACAGUGUCAUUUCUGAUGCAAAAGCACAUCAAUGAUUCGGUCCGUUACACACAGGACCCUUUGGACGAGUGACGCCUUGUUGCUGGUGUUUCCUUCUGCGCUCAGAGAAAAAACAACUCAUUGAUUGGUGUUGAUACAUUUCUUUAUUCAUUCUGAAGAUUGAUACUUGUAUAGUGAAUCAUAUUUCUAAUAAACACAAAAGGACAUAAUGGCAAAAUCUA